AUGUUCAAAUUAGUGGUGUUGUGCGCUUUCGUGGCAGCAUCGGUUGCUGACCCCGACCCACAAAUUUUCGCAGCUCCUGCUUACGCUCCUGGUAUUAUUUCUCCUGCAGCAAGAAUUUUGCCAGCCUCCAGCUACUUGUACCAGUCACCACUAUUCUCAGCACCUCUGUCAUACUCAUCUCCCUUGGGCUAUACUCACCUCAUCAAGAAGCGGUCAGCACCACUCGUUCUGAACCCCUACUCCUUCCCCUCUUCAUACAUCGCACCUGGUAGCUACGCGUACUCAUCUCCGAUCGUGAGUUCCUACUCCGCUGCCGCUCCUUUGGUGCCAGCUAUCGGAUCUGGUCUUGUAUAUUCUUCAGGAGCUCAUUUCAUUAAGAAGCGGUCAGCACCCUUGUACUCAUCGGCCUACAUAGCUCCAUCAAGCUACAUCUCUCCUCUUAACUACGCCACACCUUUAGUAGCUUCAACUUACUCUGCCCCCGUCCUUUCAACCCCCUUGAUCUCAUCCGCACCUGUCUCCUACGCGACUCAUCUCAUCAAGAAACGCUCUGCUCCUCUAGCCAUCGCCGCCUACUCUGCUCCUGGAUCUUAUUCUCAUGAAUCCCGGUUUGAAUACAAGGCAACUGGACCAGUCACCGAGACCUACACAUCUUAUCCUGCUCCUCUGUCUUACUCUCAACCCAUUGCUUACUCUCAUCUGUACUAG